CUGAUGUGCGUGAGUAAGUGGUACCUAUGUGUCCUGUUCGCCCGGUGUUACUGCCGUUAUCAUCCGCUUGCUAAGUAACUGUAGCUACAGCAGACGGAGAAGCUGAUAGCUGCCUUGCACCGCCUUUGGCGGUCAACGCGAUAUUAAUAUAACAGAUAAUAUAUAUAUAUAAUGACAAUUAUAGAGAAAAUCCUAAUAAGCAUACCUGAAAUGUGCCAAGCAGUUAUGGACCACGAAUAGUUGUAGAUCGAAUUUGAACCACUCUCAGAGCCUUAAAGUUAGCGUAUUCGAUGCGCUUUUACUACAAUGCUCCAAAGUAGACAAGAGCACAAUUCGUUCGAAUUCGUGACGCUCCUAAUUGCUACGAAUUGUGGACAUAACAAAAUGAAGAACGACGUUUGAGCAAUCCUUGCUAAACAUUCAAGGCAAUACUUUUAAAAUACAGUCAUUUAUCUAAAUAAAAUGAUAAUGUUAACGAUGUUUAUAAUGUGAUCUAAUCCAAUUGAACGUCCUGCAAAUAUCGCUUUCUAAUGUAUUUCAUUAUCGUAACCAGCCGCGAUCUACUUAUUGCAAAAAGGAGCCACUACUACGCUUUACAAAACAAUAUUUUAACCUGUUCAACGUUCCGUAAUUAUUCCUAACUUUUUUAAUAAUUUCAGUUGUUAUUGCUCUCUCAGUUCUUACCAUUAUUCUGGUCAGCAGGUUAGCUGAGUUGCGUAGAGUGGCAUCUGCGCAGGCCGCCGGCUGAGAGCGCCUGCGGGAGCAGCCGCAGGACACCGAAGAAGUGGAAAAUGUUAUAAAUCUAUGAUUCUUUGGAAGACGGCUCUCGGACUUAAACUUCUAAAUAAAAAAAAACUGCUCCGCUUUUAAGAAAACAUUGCCCUAGUACGGGCCAUGCGCGAAUCAGUAGUAGCUCAUCACAACAACAAUGCACUCAUUCAUUUGCCUGCAUCGAGCUGCUGCGCCUUCGAGGAAAGAAAAAAAUCUCUGCUGUAGGAGCCGCACCGAUCUGCAGGGCAUGGGAAAUAACUAGCUGGGCUGUUUAGCUAGAAACAGGCUGGGUAUAGGAUAUUCACAGACUAGCACCACACAACGCGCUUUUCGGCCAGCUGUGACAGUUUUUAAUUUCUGGCCUUUUUGUCGCGCACAUUGUCCGGCGUAUAUCCCUACCGCUAGUGCCUUAGUUAUGCUGCGCUGGAAAAGUCUACAGUGCCCGUAGUUCGACCGUUUAUGUCGUGUAGCAAGGUCCGGAAUGUGACAGUCUUGGCACAGACACGAACGGAACUCUGGAAAAUUUGGCUUCUCUUCUAGUGUUUUCACUAUUAAGAGUAGCUAUGAGCCCUCAAAGAAGACAGAACUGGCGAUUUGUUGGAGUUGUAGGCGGUCUUUUUGGAACAAUUCUUCUAGCCCUGUACCCGAUAGCCAUUCAACCGUAUUUGGACUCAAGCGAAUGGAAAACCACACAGCAGCAUACGCGAAAGAGUAUUGUGCAAGAAGAAGUUCAACCAGGAGGCAUGAGGGUGUGGUCAGAUCCCUUUGAGCGGAAAAAACGGUAACUGAGCG